GCCAAAAGCGCGGCUCCCCGGUACACGUACAAGGGGGUCGUGGUUAACGCGAGCGGCGAGUCGAGCGUCGUCAAGCAGAAGAGGGCCAAAGAGGCCGCACGGACGGAUGGUGGGAAUCCGUGGUGCAAGCCGACCAUACUGCUCCUACUGCUCGUUCUCUUGGUCAUUGUCUUUGUCUUUGUCGCCGGGAUACUGCUCUACUUCAACUACAUGACCUACAAGCCACGUCAUCCCGUUAUCGAGGGUAAGGAUCUAAGUUACGCCAGUAAUAACGCCGAAUUGUGCGAGAAAACGUUCUGCGCGCUGGGCAUGACCUGCGUCGUUUUGGACGGGCAAGCGAUGUGCCGGUGUCCCGACGCCUGUCCGGAGACGUACGCGCCGAUCUGUGGUCAGGACGACGUCACCUACGAGAACCACUGCCACCUACGGCGAAUCAUCUGCCAGAAACGCAAGGAGAUCGGGGUCAAGCACCAAGGCGUCUGUGAAAAGCCAGAUCCCUGCGACAAGUUGAACUGCACUCUGGGCUCGCAAUGCGUGCGCAGCAAGGAUGGAACAGAGGCGAGGUGCGAGUGCAUGGAAUCGUGCCCAAACUUUGGGGACCAUGAGGGUGCGGGCCCGGUCUGUGGUAGCGACGGUGCCGACUAUCCAAGCCUAUGCGACCUGAACCGUGUCGCCUGUUCCAAAUCAGCCAACAUUAGCAUUGCCUUUCGCGGCAAAUGCGACCCGUGCUCGGGAGUCCAGUGCACGGAGCCCGAGAUCUGCCAGCUCGACGAUUCCAGGCAGCCGGCUUGCCGAUGCAGCGAGCAGUGCAGCUCGGACAUCAAACCGGUCUGCGGCAGCGACGGCAAGACCUACUCCAACGAGUGCAACCUCAUACUCGAGGCCUGCAGAUCGCGCAUGUCCCUGCGCACCGUCUACGAGGGCGCCUGCAACUCGGGGGUGAACCCGUGCGACGGUGCCAACUGCGGGCCCCAGGAGCAGUGCGCGAUCGACCGGUUCGGCAUAGCCAAGUGCGAGUGCGGCCCCACCUGCGAGCCGAUCAUGAAGCCGAUCUGCGCCAAGGGCGGCACCACCUACAUGUCCAUGUGCGAGCUCAGACGGCAGGCUUGCCUCGCCAAAGUUAGCAUCGAGGUCGCUUACGUCGGCACCUGCGGAUCCAAGGGCCCUUGCUCGGAGAAGAUUUGCCAAUGGGGUGCCGUUUGCGUGGAAGAGGGCGAUCAGGCCAUCUGCGAGUGUCCCAGUUGCACCAACGAAUUCAAGCCCGUUUGCGGCGACGACGGCAUCACUUACGGGAACGAGUGCAAACUUCGCUACGAGGCUUGCCAACGCAAGCGUGAAAUACGCAUUUUGUACCACGAGCAGUGCAAUGGCUGCGAGAACAAGAAGUGCGAUCAUUACGGCAAGUGUGAGAGCGACGCCAGCGGUGAGGCCAAGUGCGUCUGUCCGACCGAUUGCGCGGAUACGGAGGAGAGCCUGGUCUGCGGCUCGAACGGCAAAACUUACGAGAACGAGUGCGAGCUCAGGCGUGAGUCCUGCAACAGCCAGGCCGUCGUCGUCGUCAGCUACAGGGGAGACUGCGGUCUGUGCGCCAACGUCAAGUGCGAGAAUGGGGCUCGUUGCGAGGCCGGGGCGUGCGUCUGUCCGCAGGUGUGCCCGGAGCCAACGGGUGACUCGGUCUGCGGCAGCGACACCAAGACCUACUCCUCCGAGUGCGAGUUGCAGAGGGAGGCGUGCCAACGGGACCCCAAGCUCCCCCACCUGCGGCUCAACUUUUACGGCGAGUGCGGCGAGGGAUUCCCCGUCGCUGCCCUCACGACCACGUCGACGCCGUCGAUAACUCAGCUGGCUACGUCCGACGAGGUGACCUCGGCUACGGAGUUGCAGGCGUGCCGGGACAUACACUGCAACUUCAACGCCACCUGCGAAUUGGGCCCGGACAAGUUUCCGCGUUGCAGCUGCAAGUUCGAUUGCGGCUCCAUGGCUCCGGAGAACAUGCAGCCGGUCUGCGGCAGUGACUUGCAGACAUACCCGAGCAAGUGCCACAUGCUCAUGCAGGCUUGCCAGAGACAGCAGGAGCUCAGGCUCAGGCCCCUCGACCUGUGCCAAGGUUUGGAGGUGAAGCCGUGCAACGGGGAGCAGCCCGUGAUCGACGACGAGGGCAACGAGUACUACUGCGGCAACGGACCGGAUCGCCGCGACUGUCCCAGUCACUCGUACUGCCACCAAACCCCUAGAUUCGCUCGCUGCUGCAAGAAAGUAGCAGGGAAGCAGGUGACGAGGUGCGAGGACUCGUGGCACGGCUGCUGCCCGAACGGCAAGACCGCAGCCCUGGGUCCCAACGGGGCUGGCUGCCCGGACGUAUGCAGCUGCAAUCGGCUCGGCAGUCUGGCCGACACCUGCGACCCCGAGAGCGGCCAGUGCAGCUGCCGGCCCGGGGUCGGUGGGCUCAAGUGCGACAGGUGCAUGCCCGGCUACUGGGGCCUCUCCAAGACCGACAAGGGCCACAAGGGCUGCAUACCUUGCGGCUGCUCGCUAUUUGGCUCGACGCGCGAGGACUGCGAGCAAAUGACCGGCUCGUGCGUCUGCAAGCCCGACAUACAGGGGAAAAAGUGCACCAUAUGCACCGAUCACACCAAGAUACUCACGCCCAAAGGCUGUCAGCCAGUGGGCGCGGUGUUGCCGAUCCCAACGAGUUGCAGCGAGCUCGAGUGCUACUCCGGGGGCCAGUGCAGCGAGACGAGCGACGCCGACGGGGGUCCGGUGGGUCCCCACUGUGUCUGCCCGCAGAGCUGUCCCCAGGACACCGACGAAACGACCGUCUGCGGCAGCGACAGCCAGACCUACGUCAACGAGUGCGAGCUACGGCUGUACGCCUGCCGCUACCAGACCGACGUCGUGUCCCAGGCGUUCGGCCACUGCAGAGAUGAUUCGAUGACUAACACGGACUUCCCAGUGAAGAGGUUCACGGCAGUGCACUACACGCAACCGGCAUCGGCCAUUUCGCCCCUGUCCAAGUCGACGAGGCACCUGAUGGUGCCGGAGCCGGACGCGCGGUACUACUACACGAACCGAGCCCAGUUCCAGGAAACGGUACCCGUUGACCGUAAAAGCCUCAAGCACGGAUCAGCUGCAGCCUACCGUCCAACGCCAGCAACGAUAAGGGUCGUGACACCCCUACUUGGUGACAUUUGCAGCGAAGACAAGGACUGUGGCAUAACGAACAGCGUUUGCCUGGACAGCCGUUGCAUUUGCACCGACGGUUUCGCAGAGACGAGCGACCGACAGGAUUGUAGCUUAGAAAACUACGCUCCAGUCACGCCGACGGAGGAAUUCCGUGCCUGCCUAUCCUUCCCAUGUCAUCAUUCUGCUACGUGCAUCGACCUUCCCGGCUCCACGUACACCUGCCGGUGUUCCGAAAACUACGCGGGCUACCACUGCGACGAGCAAAUCAAUCGGAGAGACUACGAGAUUGCCUCCUUCGACGGCAAGAGCUACGUGCGUAUGAGCCGGCUCAAGGCUUACCACCAGUUCAGCAUAGAGCUGGAAUUUAAGACUUACGCGGAAAACGGAAUUAUACUCUACGAUCAGCAGAAGCAGGAUGGCUCUGGUGACUUUGUGUCCAUUGCGAUCGUUGACGGAUUUGUCCAGUUUAGAUACAACCUGGGCAACGGACCAGUGAUUCUCACGUCGCCAGAGCGAGUGACGAUGAAAAAGUUCCACAAAAUCGCUGCCAAAAGGUACCACAAAGACGGAAUUCUGGUUUUCAAUGACAACGACGAAGUGACCGGUCAGAGCGAAGGAUUCCUCAAGAGUCUCGAUCUCAAUCACGACACCUUCAUUGGCAACAUACCCACAAACUACAGCAAAGUAUUCGACAACAUCGGAACGUCACACGGUUUUCUCGGCUGCAUCCGCAAGCUGAACAUCAAUCGGAUGACUGUAGACCUUCACCUUGGCUACGACAAAGAAGUCCUCGAGACGUACCGCAUCAAAGAGUGCAGGGACAAUGGCUGCGCGAAUCUACCUUGCCAAAACGGAGCCACGUGUCAGCCCAUCUUCGAGGAAGACCUGAACUGCCACGGCCACGACUGCGUCGUCGAGCCCCGCGCGAAGAGACGCAGUCUUAGGCGGCGCAAGGAAAAACGCACCAGCGCCGACUUGAACAUCAUCAAAUGCAAGGGCAGCCAAUGCGAGACUCUGAACGGGUCGAAAGAUCAGAACAACAACGACGACAAUGGCAACGACAGUCUCGACAGCCCAAGGAAGAUGUGCCUCAGUCCUGGAUGUGAUUACGAAUUCGAGUCGGAUUACGACGAGAGCUACGAACACCAUCAGGGCUACGAGAGCAACGAUCUGGACUACCAGUGCAUCUGCCCACCACAAUACACGGGUAGAAACUGCGAGGACUCGCUGGAUCCUUGCAUGAGUAAACCAUGUCACCACAGCGCGACUUGCGACAUUAUGCCCGAGGGUGGCUACGUGUGCAAGUGUCCACCUGGACGGACGGGGGUACACUGCCAAACGCUGGAUGCCGAGUUGACAGAGUUCCUCGUCCCGGAGAUGACAGGCAACGGAUACAUCGAGCUCCCAUGUCUCGACAACGUGGGUAAAUCCUUCAACAUCGAGAUUUGGUUCCUCACCCGAGCUACCGACGGUCUGCUCUUGUACAACGGCCAGUUGACGAGCGGCAGAGGCGACUUUGUCAGUCUGAAUCUGGUUCAGGGCCAACUGGAGUUCCGGUACAACCUCGGCAGUGGCAUAGCCAACAUCACUUCGCCGGAUCCGGUUACGCUCGACACCUGGCACUCGGUGAGAAUCAGCAGGCUCGGGGCAGAGGGGCUACUCAGGCUGGACAACGGCACCGUAGCCCGGGGCUUCUCGGGCGAUCCGCUCACCGAGUUGAAUCUCGAGCUCCCGCUCUACGUCGGUGGAGUCAAGCACUGGCACGAGGUGCACUUCCUGGCUGGGGCGACGGUGGGUCUGAACGGUGCCGUCCAGAGGAUCAUGAUCAACGAGAAGAUAUACCAGAACUUGGCGGUGAAUGUGACGCAGCAAAACACGGCGGUCUACGACGGUCUACCCUGCCCGAGCAACUCGAAUCCAUGUCGCAACGGUGGAGCCUGCUUUCCCAUGCUCAACAGUUUCUUCUGCAAGUGCGCGUCUGGCUAUGACGGCUUGAUCUGCGAGUUUUCCCUGGGGUACGAUUCUUCAGGCAAGGAAGUGGUCGAACAGGCCGUGAGAUUCAAUGGGGACAACUUCCUUCAGUUCAAGCAUCGAUUUGGAAGGAGUCCUAAUGCUACUAACACCACGAUACUCGGCGAUUACGCCGACGAGUCCUACACUGACUACGAAACGGCGGAGGACGAUCUCUACGACGAGUAUGAGAAUUACGACUACAGUGAGAGGCGAGAGCAGCAAUCGAAUAAGUUCGAACUGAGGUUGCGUACGACUCAUCCGGAGGGUGUUAUCGCCUGGAUCGGACGGGGCAAACUGGAACACAUGAUGCUGUCGCUGCACGAGGGCUACGUCGUCAUGUUCUAUCGCGGCAGGCGCGAGGAAUUCACCAUCAAGAGCAAGGAACGCGUCGACGACGGCUUCUUCCACCGCAUCCGCGCGAUCCGGCGCAAGCACUCGAGCAUCCUCCAAAUAGACGAGCAGCCGGCGAUAAAGCUCGCGAGCGACACCGGGCCCCUGACGACGAACGGCAAGCUCUUCGUCGGCGGUAGACCGGGACACUGGGGCAUUAGAGCUUGCGUGAGGGACUUUGUCGUGGACCGGCGCAGGCUCCACCUGUCCAGGCGCAAGAUCGAGCUCUGCCACGAGAACGACGUCUGA